UUAUUCCCAAACCUAAUGGAAAAACCAAUGGAAAAAUUAAUGGAAAAACUUAUGGGCAAACUAAUGGAAAAACUAAUGGGAAAACUAAUGGGAAAGCUAAUAGGAAAACCAAUCAUGAAACAGAUGCUCUAAUUAAAGGUUGCGCUUCAAUGAAUUCAUUAAAAAAUUAUUAA